UACGCGAGUUCCGGGCGGGGCGUUCCCCGCGCCCGUAGCAACCGGAGCGUUCGCGGUAUCCACGGCACCAUGGCAAAAGCUACGACCAUCAAAGAAGCUCUAGCCAGAUGGGAAGAGAAAAGUGGCCAGAAGGCUUCAGAGGCAAAGGAAGUGAAACUGUACGGGCAGGUUCCUCCUGUGGAAAAGAUGGAUGGCGCUCUCUCCGCACUUGUUAACUGCGAGAAACUAUCACUGUCUACAAACUGCAUUGAUAGAAUUGCCAACUUGAACAACCUAAAAAACUUGAGGAUUCUGUCUUUGGGAAGAAAUAACAUAAAGAACUUGAAUGGAUUGGAGGCAGUUGCUGAAACUUUAGAGGAGCUGUGGAUCUCAUACAAUUUAAUUGAGAAACUGAGGGGUAUCCGUGUAAUGAAGAAACUGAAAGUUCUUUAUAUGUCAAAUAAUUUGGUGAAAGACUGGGCAGAGUUUGUGAGACUGGCAGAGCUGCCAGUACUAGAGGAGCUGGUGUUUGUAGGCAAUCCUCUACAAGAGAAAUUUGCUGCUGAUCAGAGCAGUUGGAUUGAAGAAGCAACCAAACGGGUACCGAAGCUGAAAAAGCUGGAUGGUACCUUAGUUGUUAAAGGAGAAGAGGAAGAAGGAGCGGAAGGAGCGGAAGGAGCAGAAGGAGCAGAAGGAGGAAACUGAUGACACUUUCUUUUUGGUGACAACAAGUAUAUCUGCUGGUUCCAGCCCAGGCAUAGAAGGGACGGGGUCAGAAUGCCACUCUUAGUUAUUUUGUUCGUGAAGGUGUGGCAGGAGUUGAAAUCUUGGAAGCCAAGUUCAGAGAUGAAAUGGUAGAAUUGGUCCAGGCAACAGUGGUACAGAUCUCAAGCUCCAGGUAUAAUUGUAGUAGGCUAUUCUCUCUACUCAGUUUCUAAGUGAACACUGUGAAGUAAAUGAUUACAAGACAAUCACAGUUUCGUUUCAAUAUAUUGCUACUUAAUCUGUGAUUAUUGGAGGAAUUCUAAAGCAUUCUGAUUUAAGUUGGCAUUUGCUGAAGAGGUUUGAGUUUGAUUUCGAUCCAUUACUAAAAGUAAGGUCAAGAGCACAAUGGCAAAAACUCUGGACAUUCUUCACUCAGCACAAACUAUUUCCAGGCAGCUGUUCUCUUUACUAGAAACUACUUUCUUAGUUAGCUAGUUCGCUGGGUUUAGACAACUUCAUUUUGUUUGUUAUUUCUUCAGAAGUAUUCUCCUAGCUUUAUCAUGAGUAAAGGCAGCAUUGACCAAAAAGCAUCAUGGAGGAGUGUCUACAGUCAGCAGUCAUUUCACACAUCUUUUGAAGCCAAGCCAUUCUGUUCACUUGCAGUCAACCACUCUUGGCAAGGUGGGUGUGCUUGGGCAGUACAGAGCCCGUGGCACGCAUAGGCCCUGCUGGCCCCAUCUGCUGGCUGUGCCCUUGACCACUGUAGUCAAAGUGUGCCUCGUGUGAGCCAGAGCCUGACUGACUCAAAACUUGCCUUCUGAAUGUUCCCAACAAGCAGAAAUGCCAGAUUCAUCUCUGUGUUUGGAGAUAUUGACCACAUGGUGCUUCUCCUAGUGUUUGGCCACAAAGAAAAGUGGUUGAAGCUGUGGACCUGGUCUCUCCCAACACAGCUGCAAGUGGUGUGUAUGGCUGGGUUAGCUCCACACAUGAUUGUGACAGGAGGAAAAGGGAGUGACGAGCACAGUCCAACACCAAGUAAUUCUGCUGGUUGAUUCUUUAAAUAUGGCCUAAGUCUGUACAUUUCUGAAGGUUAUGUUAGAUACAGCAAAUACUCUACACUUUAGCUAUAUUGGGGCAUUCUGAGAGCAGAAUAGAUGCUUAGUGUUCUAUGUUGUAAUGACUGAAGUGAAACACAGAUCCAUUGACAAGUUGUGAGGGAUAUGAGCAGUUCCUGGUUCUUGUAAGUGAUCAGUAGAGGCUACACCUACAGGAAUCAGUCCAAAACUAUUGUAGGUGGUGGUAGAGCUGGGUGGAUUGUGUGGCCCACUGGCAUUGGUACUUUCCACAGAUGAAAUGGCACAAAUUCUCUAGCUCUUUGCUUUGGGGGCUGCAUUAUAAAUACCAACAAAAAAGGGGAAAAAAUCAUUAUUGAAGAAAGGGAGCAUCCAGUGUUAGAAUAUAAUUUAAAACCCUUCUGAUAAAAACAUUGAAACAAUACAGUAAGAAAAUAAUUGACUGUGGCUUUUGUUUGUCAGGAGAUGCUUUGUCUCAAAGCUGGUAGCUUCACUUUACCUUGCUUUGUCUAAUGAGUCAUGAUUACUCUCAAGAACCAAACAACCUCCCCAAACUUUUUCUCCUCCAAAGUUUCCCUAAAUUUUUAAAUUUGCACUUUAAAAUUAGGCACUGGAUGUGACGGAAGUCAUAGAGAGGUGGUAGAAUUAAAACAGCUGGUUUGCAUAUUGUGGUGCUACAUGAUGCUAUGUAUAAGGUGACAGUGACAUCUUGGCCUGUGCCCCCAAGAGGGACAUUAGAGUGAGAUGCUUGGAAGGCCUGGCUUUCACUUGUGCACUCUGCUGUUCCCUAUCAUACCACACCCAGUGAAGCAGUAAGCACACUAUUAUUCAUGAAUGAAAGGAGCACCCAUAUAAAAUGUGCAAGCCAUGUGGAAUUCUGCUUUUCCCAGUGAAGUUACAGAGGACUAGCAUCCACUUUAUUCCUUAGAGAAAUAUCCUAAAAUUAAAUUAGUAGAAACUAGCUAGGUUUUUUGCUUGCUUGUUGGCACACUCGCCUGUCUUCAAAGAGCUGAUUGAUGUAUGCAGUGAUUAUUGAGAACUGAUGGAAAAAUUACAGAAAAGACCUGAGAACCAGGUUCUGGUUGAUGACUCAGGUUACACUAGAAGUAGCCUCAUCUAGAAAAACUUCCAAGCAAGAGAGCACUUUUAACAUCCCCUUUGGCAAUCUUUUGUAUACAGUAAUUUUGUAGCAUGAAAAGCUGUUAAAUUUGCUGUGUUUAAAUUAUUUAGGCCUAUGUUUAUAAAUGUUACUCUGUGAAACUUGUUCAAAAAUAAUAUAACCUUAUUUUAUACAAAUGUCUUUGGCUGAUGUGUAAUGAAAUAGUUCAGCUUGUGAAGAGUAUUUGGAAACUAAAUUUCAUUCUCAUGAAACCUUCCUGGCUGCUCAGGAAGUAAUAUAUUUAGAAUAUGAUAGCAUGUAAAUGCUGUUCCCUAUUGCCUCUAUAUUUUAGAAUAGAAAAUAACUUAAGGCUUUAAAAAUGCUGAUAUAUUGUGAUUGUUGUCAUCUGAUACAUAAAUAUUUUUCAAUCUUUUAA